ACUGGAGAGAACUUAACCCACGCCCCACGGUCCUGAAGGCAUGCAAGCACACAUACACACAGACACUCUAACCGCGCACUGCCGUGGUCAAACAUGGCCCAGUCUACUGACCUGAAAACAUUCCUGGAGUCAUCUCUGAAUGAGAUCUUCAAAGCCACAGUCAGCGACAUCCUGGACUCGGUAGAUCGGACACUGUCCGAGUAUCAGGGCACAAUCCGGAGGAUCGAGUCUGAGAAUGAGGGCCUGAAGCGGCUGCUGCUCGAACACAAGAGCAGGGAGACUGCGACCAGAGAUGUACAUGAGCGUGACUCCAUGGAAAAUGCCUCAGAGUGGAACAGUCAUCCAGUUAGCUCCACCCAGGCCAUGUUCAAGAUGUCCAUAUGCAGCAGUGACAGGAAGAGCUGCAGAAGGAAGCAAAAGGACAAGAUGAGGGAGAGCGUAUCCUCUGCCUCCUCUUCUCUGCUGAGGAAUCACGUGGUAGAAGAACCAUAUGUCAACACAUCACAGGUCAGCAUGUCAUCAGAGGAAACCUUGAUAUCUGUGAAAGCAGAGCCUGGACUGGAGGAAAACAGUGCUAUUGACCUCUCCCAGCCUUCAUCUCUUCUCUGGCCAGUGAAACAUGAGAGCACAGAGGUCUCUUGUGACCAUCAGGAUCAAUAUGCACCUCUGCUGCCAUCUUCAGACCCUGAACAAGACUCCAGGGUCAGAGAUGGUGAAGUUAAAGUCACCAAUGUAUCUGACAGCUUCAUACCGGAUGGACAACUCAUUAAAACAGAGCCAGAGGAAGAUCAAAAUGGAGAAGUGCAAUACAGUGACAAUGGCACUUUCUCCAAGGACCAAUUGAAGCAGGAGUUGACAUAUUGCCUUGAAUCACACACAGAUUCAGAGGGAGUGAGCAGACCGGGUGUGGAGGAAGAAGGUGAGACAUGUAAGGAAGAGGAUUCUCCUGCUCUUCCUGCAGACGAGGUAAUGGAAAGCCAUGACAAUUUAAUUCACUCUCCCAAGUAUCCCAUUAGUCAAGAAACCUCCCUCGCCAUCCUCAACAAGACCAAAGGCAGGGAAAAGAUCCACAGCUGCAGCUACUGUGGUAAACGCUUUGGUCGGGCUGACCUCCUCAAAUCCCAUAAGCGAACCCACACUGGAGAGAGGCCCUAUAGCUGCAACAUCUGCACUAAAACCUAUGCCCAUCCCAGUCAGCUCAGGAUACACAAACGCAUUCACACUGGAGAGAAACCAUAUUGCUGCUCACACUGUGGUAAGCGCUUUAAUGAGCCCAACCAGCUCAAAGUCCACUUGCGGACUCACACCGGGGAAAGGCCUUACAGCUGCCAGGAGUGUGGCAAGACAUUCAGCAAUGCAGGAAACCUGCGCAUACAUGAGAGGAUCCACACAGGUGAGAAGCCAUACUGCUGCACUCAGUGUGGGAAAAGGUUCAAUGGCUUGGGUGACCUCAAAACUCAUUACAGGAUUCACACUGGAGAGAGGCCCUACAGCUGCAAGCUGUGUAAGAAGACCUUCAGCCAGACGGGCCACCUCACUAUACACAUGCGGAUGCACACAGGAGAGAGACCUUACAGCUGCAACGAGUGUGGCAAGAAGUUUACAGUGGCAAGCAGCCUUAAGCUGCACCAGAGGACUCACACAGGAGAGAAGGAGUACAGCUGCUCAUACUGCAGCAAGAGCUUCAGCAGGUCGGGGCAUUUGAAGAGACACGAGCUGGUCCACACCAAAAAAAAAGUCUUCCUCUGCAGCCACUGUGGAAAGAGCUACACAGACCAGUCUUCUCUCAAAAAGCAUUUGAAGGUGCACGCAGCCGAGGAGCUAAAGGCUCAGAGCGAGGGAAGCGCAGUCCAACCUCCAGCAUCUGGGACACUCGGACGCUGACAGAAAUUUUAGCAGUUGAAUCAUAAAGAAGCUGCGGUUCAGAAUGUACCUGCUUUUUAAAGCUUUGGACCACAUCUCACAUUGAUGGAGGACACUAGAGAGUGAAUGAACCCUUACAGCUGCUUGACAAGUAACAUAUUCAAGUCUGAUGCAUUUUCCCUGCUGGGGUCACUGUAGCCUUAUGUAUACCUAUGAAUAUUGUAUUUCUGCUAUGAACUGUGUGAUCCUCUUGACAGAAGAAAAAUAGUUGCUAACUAUGAGGAGUUGUGAGAUCCUGUCUGAGAGUAUUACACAUUUUGGUGCAGUGGUUUGGCAUCCAAAAAACAUUUUACACUUUAAAAUCCAUUCAUCUGCUAUUCAGUCUGGACCUCAUGCAUCAUGUUUUAUUGUCUCAUGUAUUUAUAACAAUACACCUCCACCUGUGCUGUAUUUACCAUAUCAUAUUUAGCAAUACUGUAUAAGUUAAUACUUGUUUUACAUUUUAUUUGAAAUUUGCUGUGUUACCAAAACGUUGGUAGAGUAUUUGUUGAUAAAAUACUGCUUGGUUAUGGCAAAGUGUGUUAACUCACCUUGCUAAAAGUUUGAGUGCAAAAUAAUAAAGUUUUAGAAGGUUCUUAAUGGAUAAAGACUGAGAAUUAUGGCAACUGUGACUAUAAUGCUGUAUAAAGCUUUAACGGUCUGGUCUGAUCUACUGUUUCUAAUGUGAAUGUGAGUAUUCACUAUUGAUUGACCAGCUCUUGAUCCUAAAUGCAUUGUUUUUAAGCCACCUUCACAAAAUAAUAUCAACUUCUAGUUGUUUAGCUUUAGGCUUUUCUUAUGAAUGGUGUACAACAGACACAUGCAGGAGUGACGCAUCUCAUCCACAACCAUAAGGCUACUUUUUGCAUAGCAAUGUAUAUUAAACUGAGUGUUUGCUACUAGGAACUUAUUGUAUGUUACUUUUGUGUGAUUUGUGUCUAAAUUAAAGAGAACAUAUAAUCCAA